AUGGCCUCUGCAGAUGCUGAGAUGGCUGUUUUUGGGGAGGCGGCUCCCUUCCUCCGAAAGUCAGAAAAGGAAAGAAUUGAGGCCCAGAACAAGCCUUUUGAUGCCAAGUCAUCCGUCUUUGUGGCCCAUCCCAAGGAAUCCUUUGUAAAAGGGACAAUCCAGAGCAGGGAAACAGGGAAGGUCACUGUCAAGACUGAAGCAGGAGAGACUCUGACCGUGAAGGAUGAUCAGGUCUUCUCCAUGAACCCUCCCAAGUAUGAUAAAAUCGAGGACAUGGCCAUGAUGACCCACCUCCACGAACCCGCUGUGCUGUACAACCUCAAAGAGCGUUAUGCAGCCUGGAUGAUCUACACCUACUCGGGUCUCUUCUGUGUCACUGUCAACCCCUACAAGUGGCUGCCGGUGUACAACCCGGAGGUGGUGUUGGCCUACCGAGGCAAAAAGCGCCAGGAGGCCCCUCCACACAUCUUCUCCAUCUCUGACAAUGCCUAUCAGUUCAUGCUGACUGACCGCGAGAACCAGUCAAUCCUGAUCACUGGAGAAUCUGGUGCAGGGAAGACUGUGAACACAAAGCGUGUCAUCCAGUACUUUGCAACAAUUGCAGCUAGUGGGGAGAAGAAGAAGGAGGAGCAGUCUGGCAAAAUGCAGGGAACUCUUGAGGAUCAAAUCAUCAGCGCCAACCCACUGCUGGAGGCAUUUGGAAAUGCCAAGACUGUGAGGAAUGACAACUCCUCGCGCUUUGGCAAAUUCAUCAGAAUCCACUUUGGGGCCACAGGAAAACUGGCUUCUGCUGACAUUGAAACUUAUCUGCUGGAGAAGUCCAGAGUCACUUUCCAGCUUAAGGCAGAAAGAAGCUACCACAUAUUUUAUCAGGUCACCUCCAACAAGAAGCCAGAGCUAAUUGAAAUGCUCCUUAUCACCACCAACCCAUAUGACUACCCUUUUGUGAGUCAAGGUGAGAUCACUGUUCCCAGCAUUGAUGACAAGGAGGAGUUGAUGGCUACAGACAGUGCCAUUGACAUCCUGGGCUUCACUCCUGAUGAAAAGACUGCCAUCUACAAGCUGACAGGGGCUGUCAUGCACUAUGGGAACUUGAAGUUCAAGCAGAAACAGCGAGAGGAGCAGGCAGAGCCAGAUGGCACAGAAGUUGCUGACAAGGCUGCCUACCUGAUGGGCCUGAACUCAGCUGACAUGCUCAAGGCAUUGUGUUACCCUCGAGUUAAAGUUGGGAACGAAUAUGUGACCAAGGGUCAAACUGUGCAGCAGGUUCACAAUGCUGUAGGUGCUCUGGCAAAGGCUGUCUAUGAGAGGAUGUUCUUGUGGAUGGUUGUUCGUAUCAACCAGCAGCUGGAUACAAAGCAGCCUAGGCAGUAUUUCAUUGGUGUCUUGGACAUUGCUGGCUUUGAGAUCUUUGAUUUCAACAGCUUUGAGCAGCUGUGCAUCAAUUUCACCAAUGAGAAACUGCAGCAGUUCUUCAACCACCACAUGUUCGUGCUGGAGCAGGAGGAGUACAAGAAGGAAGGGAUUGAAUGGACAUUCAUUGACUUUGGGAUGGACCUGGCUGCCUGCAUUGAGCUCAUUGAGAAGCCUAUGGGCAUCUUUUCCAUUCUGGAAGAGGAGUGCAUGUUCCCCAAGGCAACUGACACCUCUUUCAAGAACAAGCUCUAUGACCAGCAUCUGGGCAAGUCCAGCAAUUUCCAGAAGCCCAAGCCUACCAAAGGCAAGACUGAGGCCCACUUCUCCCUAAUACACUAUGCUGGCACAGUGGACUACAACAUCACUGGCUGGCUUGAGAAGAACAAGGACCCCCUGAAUGAAACUGUCAUUGGGUUAUACCAGAAGUCUUCACUGAAAACAUUGGCCUUACUGUUUGCCAACUAUGGUGGAGCAGAAGCAGGUCAGACCUAUGAAAAGGCUAGUGCUGGUGCUGGCAAGAAAGGUGGCAAGAAGAAAGGUUCUUCAUUCCAGACUGUCUCAGCUCUUUUCCGGGAAAAUUUAAACAAGCUGAUGACAAAUCUGAGAAGCACCCACCCCCAUUUUGUACGCUGCAUCAUCCCAAAUGAAACAAAAACGCCUGGUGCCAUGGAGCAUGAACUAGUACUGCACCAGCUGCGGUGUAACGGUGUGCUGGAAGGGAUCAGAAUUUGCAGGAAAGGAUUUCCCAACAGAGUCCUGUAUGCAGAUUUUAAACAGAGAUACAAAGUAUUAAAUGCAAGUGCUAUUCCAGAGGGACAGUUCAUUGACAGCAAGAAGGCUUGUGAGAAACUUCUUGGAUCAAUUGAUAUAGACCACACACAAUAUAAAUUUGGUCACACCAAGGUGUUCUUCAAAGCCGGGCUGGUAGGCCUUUUGGAGGAGAUGAGGGAUGAGAAGCUGGCACAGCUCAUUACUCGCACACAGGCCAGGUGCAGGGGCUUCCUAAUGAGGGUGGAGUACCAGAAAAUGGUGGAGAGGAGAGAGUCCAUCUUCUGCAUCCAGUACAACAUUCGUGCAUUCAUGAAUGUCAAGCACUGGCCCUGGAUGAAGCUGUUCUUCAAAAUCAAGCCCUUGCUGAAGAGUGCAGAAUCUGAGAAGGAGAUGGCCAACAUGAAACAAGAGUUUGAGAAAACCAAGGAAGAGCUUGCAAAGUCUGAGGCAAAGAGGAAGGAGCUAGAGGAGAAAAUGGUGAAGCUGGUGCAGGAGAAAAAUGAUCUGCAGCUUCAAGUGCAGGCUGAAGCUGAUGCUUUAGCUGAUGCUGAGGAAAGGUGUGACCAGCUCAUCAAAACCAAAAUCCAGCUGGAAGCCAAAGUUAAGGAGGUGACUGAAAGGGCCGAGGAUGAGGAGGAAAUUAAUGCUGAGCUGACAGCCAAGAAGAGAAAACUGGAGGAUGAAUGUUCAGAGCUGAAGAAAGACAUUGAUGACCUGGAGUUAACAUUGGCCAAGGUUGAGAAGGAAAAACAUGCCACCGAAAACAAGGUGAAAAACCUCACAGAGGAGAUGGCAGCUCUGGAUGAGACCAUUGUGAAGCUGACAAAAGAGAAGAAAGCCCUCCAAGAGGCCCACCAGCAGACACUGGACGACCUGCAGGCUGAAGAGGACAAAGUCAAUACAUUGACCAAAGCUAAAACCAAGCUGGAGCAGCAAGUGGAUGAUCUGGAAGGGUCCCUGGAGCAAGAGAAGAAACUGCGCAUGGACCUUGAAAGGGCUAAGAGGAAACUUGAGGGAGACCUGAAGCUGGCCCAUGAUACCAUAAUGGAUUUGGAAAAUGAUAAGCAGCAGCUGGAUGAGAAACUGAAAAAGAAAGACUUUGAAAUCAGCCAGAUCCAGAGCAAAAUUGAGGAUGAGCAACUUCUUGGCAUGCAAUUACAGAAGAAGAUCAAGGAGCUGCAGGCCCGUAUCGAGGAACUGGAGGAGGAAAUUGAGGCAGAGCGAACCUCUCGGGCGAAAGCAGAGAAGCACCGUGCUGACCUCUCCAGGGAGCUGGAGGAGAUCAGCGAGCGCCUGGAAGAAGCAGGAGGGGCUACAGCAGCUCAGAUUGAGAUGAACAAGAAGCGUGAGGCAGAAUUUCAGAAGAUGCGCCGUGACCUCGAAGAGGCCACGCUGCAGCACGAAGCCACAGCUGCCACCCUGCGGAAGAAGCACGCAGACAGCACAGCUGAGCUUGGGGAGCAGAUCGACAACCUGCAACGAGUCAAGCAGAAGCUGGAGAAGGAGAAGAGUGAGCUGAAGAUGGAGAUAGAUGACUUGGCCAGUAACAUGGAGUCUGUCUCCAAAGCCAAGGCAAACCUAGAGAAGAUGUGCCGCACUCUGGAAGACCAACUAAGUGAAUUUAAAACAAGGGAAGAGCAAAAUCAACGCAUGAUCAGUGAUCUCAGUGCUCAAAGAGCACGUCUACAGACAGAAUCUGGUGAAUAUGCACGCCAAGGUGAGGAAAAAGAUGCUUUAAUUUCUCAGCUUUCUAGAGGGAAACAGGCCUUCACCCAACAGAUUGAGGAACUGAAGCGACAACUAGAGGAAGAGAUAAAGGCCAAGAAUGCCCUGGCCCAUGGCUUGCAAUCUGCUCGCCACGACUGUGACUUGCUCCGGGAACAAUAUGAGGAGGAGCAGGAAGCCAAGGGUGAGCUGCAGCGUGCCCUGUCCAAAGCCAACAGCGAAGUGGCCCAGUGGAGAACCAAAUAUGAGACGGAUGCUAUUCAGCGCACCGAAGAGCUGGAGGAGGCCAAGAAGAAGCUGGCACAGCGCCUGCAGGAUGCAGAGGAACACGUUGAAGCUGUCAAUGCCAAAUGUGCUUCCCUGGAAAAGACAAAGCAGAGGCUGCAGAACGAGGUGGAAGACCUGAUGAUUGACGUAGAGCGAUCAAAUGCUGCCUGCGCAGCUCUGGACAAGAAGCAGAAGAACUUUGACAAGAUCCUGGCAGAGUGGAAGCAGAAGUAUGAGGAAACACAGGCUGAGCUGGAAGCUUCCCAGAAGGAGUCUCGCUCUCUCAGCACGGAACUGUUUAAGAUGAAGAAUGCCUAUGAGGAGUCCCUGGACCACCUGGAAACGCUGAAGCGUGAGAACAAGAACUUGCAGCGUAAAUUUCUUGACCUCACGGAGCAGAUUGCAGAGGGAGGAAAGGCAAUCCACGAGCUGGAGAAAGUCAAGAAGCAGAUUGAGCAGGAGAAAUCUGAAAUCCAGGCUGCCUUGGAGGAAGCUGAGGCCUCCCUAGAACAUGAAGAGGGGAAAAUCCUGCGCCUCCAACUGGAGCUCAACCAGGUCAAGUCUGAGAUUGACAGGAAGAUAGCAGAGAAAGAUGAGGAAAUUGACCAGCUGAAGAGAAAUCACCUCAGAAUUGUGGAGUCCUUGCAGAGCAGUCUGGAUGCUGAGAUCAGGAGCAGGAAUGAAGCCCUGCGGCUGAAGAAGAAGAUGGAGGGAGACCUGAAUGAAAUGGAGAUCCAGCUGAGCCAUGCCAACCGUGUGGCUGCAGAGGCACAAAAGAACCUGAGAAACACACAGGCAGUGCUCAAGGAUACCCAGAUACAUUUGGAUGAUGCACUCAGGACGCAGGAAGACCUGAAGGAGCAGGUGGCCAUGGUGGAGCGCAGAGCAAACCUCUUGCAGGCUGAGAUUGAGGAGCUGCGGGCAGCCCUGGAGCAGACGGAGCGGUCAAGGAAAGUGGCUGAGCAGGAGCUUCUGGAUGCAAGCGAGCGUGUGCAGCUCCUCCAUACCCAGAACACCAGCUUGAUCAACACCAAGAAGAAGCUGGAAACAGACAUUGCCCAAAUUCAGAGUGAAAUGGAAGAUACCAUCCAGGAAGCCCGCAAUGCUGAAGAGAAGGCCAAGAAGGCCAUCACGGAUGCGGCCAUGAUGGCAGAAGAGCUGAAGAAGGAACAGGACACCAGUGCCCAUCUGGAAAGGAUGAAGAAGAACCUGGACCAGACAGUGAAAGACCUGCAGCACCGUCUGGAUGAGGCUGAGCAGCUGGCACUGAAGGGAGGCAAGAAGCAAAUCCAGAAGCUGGAGGCCAGGGUGCGGGAGCUGGAAGGGGAGGUAGAUGCUGAGCAGAAGCGCAGUGCUGAAGCCGUGAAGGGUGUGCGCAAGUACGAGAGGAGGGUGAAGGAGCUGACCUACCAGUCUGAGGAAGACCGGAAGAACAUCCUCAGGCUCCAGGAUCUGGUGGACAAGCUGCAGAUGAAGGUGAAAUCCUACAAGAGACAAUCUGAGGAGGCUGAGGAGCUGUCCAAUGUCAACCUCUCCAAAUUCCGCAAGAUCCAGCAUGAGCUGGAGGAAGCUGAGGAGCGGGCCGACAUUGCAGAGUCGCAGGUCAACAAACUACGAGCAAAGAGCCGGGAGUUUCAUAGGAGGAUAGAAGAGGAAGAAUGA